AUGUAUCAUCAUCAAAAUCAUCAUCACGCACCCACACCAACAUUAGUAACUGCUUCAGGAACAACAUUGAAAUCAUCGAAUAAGGCAUUAACGGUGCGAGCAAUCAUCUCCGGCGCGAUGGUAGGGAUAAUCAUCGCCUCCAUGAACGUUUCGUUCGGGUUAAAAACGGGGUGGUCGCAAGCAGGGUCGGUUUUAGCGGCGUGCAUAUCCAUCGGUUUGUUUGCCUUGAUUAAACCAAAACUUGCAUUUUCCAUGGAGGAAGCGAAUGUGGCGCAGACGGUCGCCUCGGCGGCGGGGUCGAUGACCAUGUCCGCGGGGUUGAUUGGACCUAUGCCUGCGUUGGCGUUACUCGGGUAUGAAUUUUCGUAUUUAGGCCUGGCGAGUUGGUCGAUAUCGGUGGCGUAUUUAGGCGUGUUUCUCGCGGUGCCGCUGAGAGACCAUUUUUUGGUGCAACAUCGCUUAAAGUUUCCCAGCGGGACGGCGACUGCGGAGUGCAUACGCGCCGCGUUCGCGUUGCCCAGUGGUAACAGUAGUAGUAAUAGUAGUAGUUUGAACGUGGAAAUGGGGGAAAAAGGUGGUGGUAACGGUAACAGUUCUUCCACGAAAACAACGGCGGACGAAGAACAUUUUCAUCAUCAACAACAACAACCAGAAGAUCGCGCGAGGAAACAGUUUAAAUCACUUCUCUGCGCCGCGCUCAUCUCGUUCGCGACGGCGAUGGUUGCGUGGAAGUUCCCGAGGUUUUUAAAGCCACCAAUACUAGUGUUCUUAGGUUUGCACGAGUUAGCGAGACGUGGAUUCGGGAUUCGAUUAGAUUUUGCCUUGGUCGGCGGAGGGAUGUUGAUGGGCGAGAAAGUAGGGUACUCGGUUUUAGCCGGAGCGAUUAUCGCGUGGGGGAUGAUUGGUCCUCUCGCGGAAUCCAAGGGGUGGGUUUCCGAUACCGAAAACGUAUUUAACAUGAAAAAUGGAGCGAGAGGGUUGUUGUUAUGGCCCGGGGUGACGUUUAUGGCGGUUGAUUCGUUUUCGCAGCUGUUUAAAGCGAUGGUGAUUGCUAAAUUUGCCGCCUCAAACGAUAGUAGUACAAUAACAACAACAACUACUACUACUACCACUAGUAGUAACGAGUUGCAGCAUCGCUCGGAUAAUAUUAAACACGACUCUGAAGAAGUCGACAACGACGCGACACUUUCGGCGACGCCGUUUUCUAUCGAAGAAAACGUUCCGCGGAAUUGGUGGAUAACCGGUUUACUCUUCGCCGUGUUCAGUUCCAUGGUUUCGCAAAGAAUUCUUUUCGGUUUGAAAUUAACGACUUCCAUCAUGUCUAUUCCAGUUGGUUUGUUCAUGACAUACAUUGCGAUCCGAUGCGCCGGAGAAACCGAUAUAAAUCCAAUCGGGCCUAUGGGUAAAAUCAUCCAACUCAUCUUUGCGUUUCUCGAUCCCGGACAAUUGAUUGCGAACUUGGUCACGGCUGCGGUGGCGUGCGGAGGUGCCGGACAAGCGGGAGAUUUAAUGCACGAUUUCAAAUGUGGAUCCAUUUUGCGUUUGCCACCUCGCACGCAGUUGAUCGCGCAAAUGUUAGGCGUCCCGUUUGGUGUACUCGGCGCCGUGCCUUCUUUCUUGUUGUUCUUGCGAACGUACGAAUUAGGCGGCGACGAAUACCCGGCGCCUUCGGCGUUCGCGUGGAAAGCAGUCGCGGAAGUAUUGACUGGAUCGAGCGAAGAUGGGAGUAAUGCCGUUGGUGUGCCACACCAAGCGGUCAUUUUGAGCGUCUUAGCAGCCUUGUUUGCCGUUCUCGUAAGAACUUUGGAGUUCAAAAUGCAAUACAAAGGUACGGCGCGCGCGAGACUUUUGGCGGAAAAGAUCGUCCCGAGUCCGAUGGCGCUGGGAAUCGCAUUCAUCAUUCCUCCGGAGUUUUCCGUGAUGGUUUUUUUCGGUGCGUUCUUAUCCGGGUCGUGGAGACGAAGAAACAAAGACUCGUUCGAGAGUUUAUCGCAGUUGGUAGCCGCCGGUUUUUUGGCGGGUUCGGGAAUCGCGGGGGUUUUCGCCGCCGGAGUUACAAUCGCGUUCAUGAAAUCAACUCUCACUCGAAUGGAGUAG